CAAAUCUCUCUCCUCUCUCUCUGCAAUGGCGGACGCUAAACCCAGAAAUCUGAGAAUCGUGAUGUUCCCUUUCAUGGCACAAGGCCAUAUCAUCCCUUUUGUAGCUUUAGCCCUUCGUUUAGAAACGAUGAUGAUGAACAGAGCCAACAAAACCAUCAUCUCUAUGAUCAAUACUCCUUUGAACAUCCCCAAAAUACGCUCCAAUCUUCCUCCUGAAUCCUCCAUAAGCCUCAUCGAGUUACCUUUCAACAGCUCCGAUCACGGCCUUCCUCACGACGCCGAGAAUUUCGAUUCUCUUCCUUACUCUCUCGUCAUCAGCCUUCUUGAAGCUUCUAGGUCGCUUCGUGAGCCCUUUCGAGACUUGAUGAAGAAGAUCUUGGAGGAAGGAGAUGAUGAGCAGAGCUCGGUUAUGGUGAUCGGUGAUUUCUUCUUGGGUUGGAUCGGUAAGGUUUGCAAAGAGAUUGGUGUUUAUUCAGUGAUCUUUAGUGCUUCUGGUGCUUUUGGGUUAGGUUGUUAUAGAUCGAUAUGGUUAAACUUGCCACAUAAAGAAACCAAACAAGAUCAGUUUCUCUUAGAUGAUUUUCCAGAAGCAGGGGAGAUUGAGAAAACUCAGUUGAAUUCUUUCAUGUUAGAAGCUGAUGGAAGCGAUGAUUGGUCUGUUUUCAUGAAGAAGACUAUACCUGGAUGGUCUGAUUUCGAUGGAUUCUUGUUCAACACGGUUGCGGAAAUCGAUCAGAUCGGAUUGUCCUACUUCCGUAGAAUAACCGGUGUUCCGGUUUGGCCAGUUGGGCCGGUUUUGAAUUCUCCUGACAAGAAGGUGGGAACAAAGUCGACAGAGGAAGCAGUGAAGGCAUGGCUUGACUCAAAACCGGACCAUUCGGUUGUCUACGUAUGUUUUGGUUCAAUGAACUCGAUUUUGCAAACGCAUAUGUUAGAAUUGGCUAUGGCAUUAGAGAGUAGCGAGAAGAACUUCAUAUGGGUAGUGAGACCGCCGAUAGGUGUGGAGGUGAAGAGUGAGUUUGAUGUGAAAGAGUAUCUACCGGAAGGAUUUGAGGAAAGAAUAACAAGAUCAGAAAGAGGGUUGAUUGUGAAGAAAUGGGCACCACAAGUUGAUAUAUUGUCACACAAGGCAACAUGUGUGUUUUUGAGUCAUUGUGGAUGGAACUCUAUACUUGAAUCGCUUAGCCACGGUGUGCCAUUGCUCGGUUGGCCGAUGGCAGCCGAGCAAUUCUUCAAUUCGAUAUUGAUGGAGAAACAUAUUGGGGUAUCGGUUGAGGUGGCGCGUGGGAAGAGAUGUGAUAUCAAAUGUGAUGAGAUUGUUUCUAAGAUCAAAUUGGUGAUGGAGGAGACUGAAGUAGGGAAAGAGAUUAGGAAAAAGGCUAGAGAGGUGAAGGAACUAGUGAGGAGAGCAAUGGAAGAUGGAGUUAAUGGUUCCUCUGUCAUUGGUUUGAAAGAGUUUCUUGGUCAAGCAAUGGUCAAAAAAUAGGAGAAUUAAGACAGUAGAUGGUUUAUGUAAACGUCUUAUUUGAAAUCACAUAUUGAUAAAAUGAAUAAAACCAUGACCGGUAGUUAUACCACACUGGUGUUGUGAUAGAGGAGCUAAUCUUUACAUAAUUUGAGAUAAUCGAACUCCAAACCUAUAAUGAAUGAUCAGUUGAUCA